CGCGGCCCCUCCCAGCCUUCUACAAAGAUGGCGGCCGCGCGGCGGCAGGCGGGGCGGGGGGGAGUGUUGAGGUGGCGGGGAAAAGGUGGCGGCAGCAGUGGCGGCCGCGGGCGGCAGUGACAGGUGCGGGGAGGGGAGGACAAGGCGGCGGAGCGGCUUCGGCCGAAGCGCAGGUACCUCGAGUGGGCGGGUAACGGGGUGGGGGAAGUGGCCGGCGCGGCGCCGCCCCUGCCCGAGCUGCGCCAUCGGGAACUCCCCUCUGCUCCCCGCCCUGGUGCCGCUGCCCGCCGGUGGCGGAGACCGAACCGUUAGCCGGGAGAGCCGGCGGGGCCAUGGCGGUGAUCUUGUGAAUAAGUGUACCAUCAAUGAUGGCAGAACAUCCACCGUUACUGGAUACCACUUCGAUUAUAAGUAGUGAAAUCCCUCUUCUAACUUCCCCCAUUGUUAGUGGGGAUGGAGCACAGCAGGUUAUUCUUGUGCAAGUUAAUCCAGGGGAAGCAUUUACAAUAAGAAGAGAAGAUGGACAGUUUCAGUGCAUUACAGGUCCUGCUCAGGUUCCAAUGAUGUCCCCAAAUGGUUCAGUGCCUACUAUUUAUGUGCCUCCUGGAUAUGCCCCACAGGUCAUUGAGGAUAAUGGUGUUCGAAGGGUUGUGGUGGUUCCCCAGGCUCCAGAAUUUCAUCCUGGUGGUCAUGCAGUGAUACACAGGCCUCCGCACCCCCCGCUGCCUGGCUUCCUUCCUCUUCCAGCCAUGAUCCCCCCUCCACCUCGUCAUAUAUACUCGCCCGUGACAGGAGCUGGUGACAUGGCAACACAGUACAUUCCACAGUAUCACACCUCUCAAGUAUAUGGGGAUCUGGAUACUUUGCCUGCUCAUGGAAGAUCCAACUUUAGAGACGAAAGAUCUAGUAAAACAUAUGAAAGGUUACAAAAAAAAUUGAAAGAUCGACAUGGAACUCAGAAGGAUAAGUUAAACAGUCCUCCAUCGUCUCCUCAGAAAUGUCCUUCUCCUACAAGUGAACAUAAUGGACUUACAAAAGGACAGGAUGCAGCUGGAAUAAGCACAGGUUCUACCAAAAGCAAGUCUUUGGGUAAAGGAAAAAGCAAUUCUCAGACAGACACAGAAGUAGAAGAAAAGGAUGAAGAAACAAAAGCACUUGAAGCACUUCUUUCUAAUAUAGCCAAGCCAGUGGUGUCAGACAUUCAGGCAAGGACAGCACUGCUUACGUGGUCCCCUCCAUCCAGUGAUACCAGAGAAGAUGCUGACAAGAAUGACAUACCAGAUGUUUAUACUUACGAAGUACUGAUUUCAAAUACCGGAAAAGAUGGAAAGUACAAAACUGUAUAUGUUGGAGAAGAAAAUAAAGUUACUGUGAAUGAUCUCAGGCCAGCAACUGAUUACCAUGCAAAAGUCCAAGUAGAAUGCAACUGUGUAAAGGGGAGCCCUUCAGAAGCAGAGAGUUUUACCACAUUGAGUUGUGAACCUGAUACUCCAAAUCUGCCUAGGAUAACUAAUCGGACCAAAAAUUCUCUUACUCUGCAGUGGAAGGCAUCUUGUGAUAAUGGUUCUAAAAUCCACAGUUACCUUUUAGAAUGGGAUGAAGGAAAAGGAAAUGGAGAGUUUUGCCAGUGUUAUUAUGGCCAACAGAAGCAGUAUAGGAUUACUAAACUAUCACCAGCAAUGGGGUACACCUUUAGGCUAGCAGCCAAAAAUGACAUGGGAAUGAGUGAUUUUAGUGAAGAAGUCCUGUAUCAUACCUCAGGCACUGCCCCAACAACACCAGCAAGUCCUUUGCUGAUGAAUGCUGGAGUUACUUGGUUAUCCCUACAGUGGACAAAACCCUCAGGAACACCAUCAGAUGAAGGAAUCUCAUAUAUAUUAGAGAUGGAGGAUGAAAACUCAGGAUAUGGUUUCAAGCCAAAAUAUGAUGGUGACGAUCUUACCUACACAGUGAAGAAUUUGAGACGUAGUACAAAAUAUAAAUUUAGGGUCAUUGCCUAUAACUCAGAAGGGAAAAGCAGUCCAAGUGAGACAGUGGAAUACAUUACUUGUCCAGACAAGCCUGGAGCACCUUCAAAACCCACAGUGAAAGGAAAAAUUCACGCACAGAGUUUUAAAAUAAUCUGGGAUCCACCAAAAGACAAUGGAGGAGCAGCAAUAAAUACAUACGUUGUGGAAAUUUCUGAAGGCUUAAGUGGAAACAAAUGGGACACAAUAUACAGUGGAGCUGCUAGGGAACAUGUGUGUGACCGACUAAACCCUGGUUGUUCCUAUCGCUUACGUGUAUAUUGCAUUGGGGAAGGAGGACAAAGCACGGCAUCUGAUUCUUUACUGGUGCAGACACCAGCGGUGGUUCCUGGUCCAUGCCCACCCCCAAGGCUACAGGGUAGACCGAGAGCAAGAGAAAUUCAGCUGCGCUGGGGACCACCUCAGGUAGACGGUGGUUCACCUGUUACCUGCUAUGGUCUGGAAAUGUUUCAGACAGAAACCGAUGAACACAGAGAGGUUUACCAGGGCUCUGAUGUUGAAUGCACAGUAGGCAGCCUUCUUCCAGGAAGGACGUACAACUUCAGACUGCGAGCAGCUAACAAGGCUGGGUUUGGACCUUAUUCGGAAAAAUGUGAAAUAACUACAGCACCUGGACCACCGGAUCAGUGCAAACCCCCUCAAGUGGCGUGCAGAUCUGCUGCGUGUGCUCAGGUAUCAUGGGAGGUUCCAGUGAGUAAUGGUGCCGACGUCUCGGAGUAUCGACUGGAGUGGGGCGGUGUGGAAGGAUGCAUGCAGAUCGCCUAUUGUGGGCCCGGGCUCAGCUGUGAAGUGAAAGGGCUUUUGCCUGCCACGAUAUACUAUUGCAGGGUUCAGGCAGUGAAUGUUGCAGGUGCCGGCCCCUUCAGCGAAGUGGUGGCGUGUAUGACUCCGGCCUCCGUACCUGCCGUUGUGACGUGUCUUCGGGGACUAAGUGAAGAUGAAGUGGAAAGUCCAUAUUAUUCUCCUUCCACAUGCCUUGCUAUAAGCUGGGAGAAACCUUGUGACCAUGGAUCUGAAAUCCUUGGCUACAGCAUAGACUUUGGAGAUAAGCAGCCAGUAACUGUUGGGAAGGUUCUGAGCUAUUUGAUAGAUGGUUUACAGCCAGAUACUACCUACAGAGUACGAAUUCAAGCCCUAAACAGUCUGGGAGCAGGUCCUUUCAGCCACACCAUAAAACUGAAAACAAAGCCUCUUCCCCCGGAUCCACCUCGCCUGGAAUGUGCUGCGUACAGUUCUCAGACUCUCAAGCUGAAGUGGGGAGAGGGAGCUGCAAAAGCAUUAACUGACUCCAUUCAGUACCACCUUCAAAUGGAGGAUAAGAACGGAAGGUUUGUAUCCAUAUACAGAGGGCCAUGCCACACAUACAAAGUACAAAGACUCAGUGAGUCGACAUCAUACAAAUUUUGUAUUCAGGCAUGUAAUGAAGCUGGUGAAGGUCCCCUUUCUCAAGAAUAUGUUUUCACUACUCCCAAAUCUGUUCCAGCUGCCUUGAAAGCACCCAGGAUAGAGAGAAUCAACGAUCACACUUGUGAGAUCACGUGGGAGGUUCUGCAGCCCAUGAAGGGUGAUCCAGUUAUCUACUGUCUUCAGGUCAUGGUGGGAAAAGACUCGGAAUUCAGACAGAUUUAUAAGGGUCCGGACUGGUCGUUCCGCUACACGGGGCUCCAGCUGAACUGCGAAUACCGUUUCCGCGUGUGUGCCGUUCGCCAGUGCCAAGAGACAGCGGGUCACCAGGACCUGGUGGGCCCCUACAGCGCACCCGUGCUCUUCAUCUCUCAGAGGACUGAACCGCCGGCCAGCACCAACAAGGACACUGUGCAGACCGCAAGGACACAAUGGUCACAGAGCGACCAAGUGUGCGCUGCUGUCAUCCUCGCACUUUUUGCUAUCUUUUCCAUUCUGAUCGCUGUUAUCAUUCAGUACUUCGUAAUAAAGUGAAGAAAAGAGAUUUAUUUUAGAACGCUGCCCAUUACAUUUUACUUUCUCAUAAUCUAAAAGUAAUUCUGUUCUCUUGCUUUUACAAAACCAGGCGUUUAGCACCGGCGUUAGGACUGGUGCGAACCUUUUCAGCCACUCUCAGAUGCUUACUGGUAGGUAUAGGCUGACACACGUUAUUCGAACGCAAGCCACAGAAAUACGAUCUUUGUUUAAUAUGCCUUCUUGCAGUACAAACUAUACGGGGCAGGCGAGCAGUGUUUAAUGAAAAGGGUUUCACCGGUAAACACGAGCGUAAAAAUGGUUUCCUGGCCCCCAUUUGUAAGGGUUGCGACCAUAACAGGGAAGAAUGUGUAGAUCACAUUUAAAACUUACACUAACAAACUUGUGCUGUAUACAAUAUUAAUCUGAUGCUGUGAAAGCAAUUUAGCGCUGUAUUUCUACCUCCUCAUUUGUCUUAAUUAUUUGGGAAGCAGGAUUUAUGCUUAAAAACAGAAGGAGCUUUUCUCAGGCAGCAAAUAAUAAACUGGAUGGAAGAGUUUGCAUGAAGGAAGCUUCUUAUCUGAUAAAUGUGGAGUUCUUCACUGCAAGUAUAUGUUUUCGAAAGACUACGAGGGGGUGGCACAAGUGGUUUAUCUUACCCCCAGGAUUUGAUGUUUACUUAAAAAAUGCCUCUUUUACUUCCUAUGAAUAUAGAAGGGAGAGUGUGAGAGAACUUCUUAAACUUAUGAUUUAAAUUGACCAACACAUUUCCGAAGUUGACCUUUAAUUGGAUGAAGUUUAUACAGAUGUCUGUGCCCUCUGAUUUUGGCUAGUUAAUAGAUAUUUUGAGAUAAACACCAUGACUGAAUUUUUGCUGUUUCCCCAACGUUCACUUGCCAUAUCCACCAGAAUCAAGCACUGCCUUUCUUCUGUUUGCUUUUUCUUUCUUUCUUUCUUCCUUUCUUUCUCCCUUUGGGGCACCAAGUCAGAAGACAAAGUGUAGUAACUUGCACCAGGAAACUUAAAGCUGCUUUUUUCUUGAGAUCCUAAUGUUUAAUGUAAUGUCUCUUUGGAUACUGUACCAAAUUGUUGAUUGCAUGUAGUUAAUGUUGCAUUAGAGCACUUUGCAGUUGCAUAACUCAUCAAUGUUUUGUGAGCUUGCAUUUUUGUGAGUUCUUGGAUGACCAGACUGAAUUUUAUCAAGUAUCCCAUUGAACAUCUUGCUAGAUGUCAAUGAUUGCCAGUGACACAAAGCUUGUAGUGCAACUAUCUUUAAAAAACACACACAAAAAAAAUCCUUGUCUCAUCACACUUAUGUUAUUUGUUAUACACUUUGUAAUUAGCUAUUUUUAAUUUAUUUGAGUUACAAGAUAGUGGAUCAUUAAUGACUUCUAGUUGUGUUCAGUUUAGCAUUUUUAAUGGUAUUAAACACUUCUGUCAGUCUUAAUAAUAAAAAAGGAACCUCUGUCUCGUGCUUUGAAGAUCUCUGAAGAAUUUCUCUUAUAUUAGAACGGGCAUGUAUUGUAAUUGUUUAUACGUCCAAUGAUCUGUGCUGUAGAAUAAUGUUGCUGAGUUUCGUUUUUUUAAAAAAAGAAAAAAAGAAAUGGCGAAGAACUUGGCCUCCACGUGGCUAGAACGAUCUGUCUUUAAAAUGUACUGUAUGUUUACAUUUUCUUUCCAAUUUGUCAUUUGUACGUAUAGGCUGAUACCUUCCCACAGGAUACCGUGAUAACUGAUGUUUUCUAGAACCUUCUUAAAAGUGCCAUGUUUGGCAGUGCAAAUGAGGUUGCGUGUACCAGCCCGGAGAUUUCUUACGGUUGAAUGUCUAAAACGGUAAGAUUUGUUACUACAGUUAAUCUGCAGUGACUUAUGUUUUUCAUAGUAAAAUUCAAAUGAGCUCCUAUUUUUGAUAGUCAUUUAAUAGUGUAUUUGCCAUUCGAGCCUCAGUGCGUAUUACUGCAUUGAAGACCGUUUUUAAUGUAAUCUUAAUUUUACCUCAUAUACUGUACAUUCCAAAAAUAAAUUUAAAAAGAAAAAAAAAAAACCUCUAAACUUUUUAAAACGUUAUAGAUACACUACCAAACAUAUCACUUUACAAUUGUACAACGUCGGACUCCAUGAAGACGAACCUGUAUAGUCUGAUAGAAAAAAUACAUAAACUAUGUAGCAAAGUAUCUUUAAAACUCUGUGGACAAUAAAAGUAUCCUUCUUUUUG